GGGAGUCCCAACAACAGGAAACCGAGCGAUUCUAAUGCACUUUCUGCAAGUUCUUCACUGAUAAAGCAGUAAAGCUACUACGUUCCUGCUCAAGUCCAAGUCUUACUGUGUCAUUCCUGCCGAGUAAUGCCACACUAAAAGUUUGAAUGUUUUAACAAUUGACGUCACUUCUUGCCCUCAAGCCCCCAACCGUACGCUUGAGUCAAAAUGUGAGCGGAUGCAGGAGCACAUUUGGGAGAAGAUUGCCGGCGACUUCUAUGAGAUGGCUUUUUGAUCCAAGAGCUCACCCUCGUUGGAGGUCAUAUGGAUCCAUCGUUGUAUUUACAAGGAGCUGCUAAUCAUCUGGACCGCUAACUGGAACCACAUGAAGAAUAAAGGGACCAAGCAGAAGACCAAGAAAAAAGGAAGUGAAAAUGCGUUCGGCUGUGACCUGACAGAACAUAUCCAGAACUCAGGACAGGAUGUUCCUCAGGUUCUACAGAAAUGUGCAGAGUUUAUCGAGAAGCAUGGGAUUGUCGACGGGAUCUACAGGUUGUCGGGGGUCACCUCAAACAUCCAGCGGCUCAGACAGGAAUUCAGCUCUGAGGCGUGCCCUGACCUUACAAAGGAAGUGUACCUCCAGGACAUCCACUGUGUGGGUUCCUUAUGUAAGCUGUACUUCAGGGAACUACCGAAUCCUCUGCUCACCUACGAACUAUAUAGCAAAUUCACUGAGGCAGUGUCAGUCUACGGGGAUCAUGAAAGACUUCUACACAUUCAAAAGGUGGUCAAGGAAUUGCCGACACCACACUUCAGGACUCUGGAGUACCUUACCAAGCAUUUGGCCCGCCUCGCUACCUUGAGUGCCCAGACCAACAUGCAUACACGGAAUCUGGCCUUAGUUUGGGCUCCCAAUCUAUUGAGAUCCAAAACAGUUGAGGCCUCAUCUGUUAAUGGAGACAUGGCUUUCCAGGAGGUGCGAAUUCAACAGUCGGUGGUGGAGUUCAUUCUAAACCACACUGAGCAGAUCUUUAGUGGUGAUUCUGUACUAAUUAAACCUAAAGAAGGACCAAGUUUGACGUGUGGAGAGAAGUACGCCACACUUCCAAUCAGCGGGCAAUGUGGGCCGAUGAAACUGAUGAGCCUAGAAGAAGCCCAGGCCCGCUCUUUAAGUCCAAACCAUCCUGUUCACAGAGAACGUCAGCGAGAGAACAGCCUGCCCGACACCAGCACGGCCACGCUCUACCACACCGUCAUAGACUUGGACAGCAAGAGGAAGUUUUCAAGUAAAUCUAAGAAAUGGAAAUCCAUCUUCAAUUUGGGACGGUCAGUGGACUCCAAAGGAAAACUGAGCAGGAAUGGGAGUGUAUUCAUAAGAGCUCCAGGGUUAACAGAAAAGGCAUCUCUGCGACCAUCCAGAAGCAUGGAGUCACUGUGCUCCUUGCCAACAGAUGACGAUAGAACUGGAAACAGUCCAUCAGCGGGACAAGGCAACGUUAUAGCUUCAGAUAUAAAAUCAAGAACUCUGGGAUCUGACUCUCUUUACAACCUGAGCGAACAAGACCAAAACUGGGAGUUUAAGGGGAAAAAAUCUGGUGGCGCAACAGGCGGUUGGAGCUCUGGUUUGAGUCAAAAAGUCUCACCAGCUGCUUCGGCAUCCCCUCAAAGAACACUGCCAGAGCAACUGAAGGUGUUCAAAGGAGACGACCUGAGCGGCUACCAGCCUACGUCGCCUAAAAACAGGAGGAUGUUGUACUCCGGUUCGUCAUACAACAGCUCCUCUCGGCCUUCCUUUGCAGGAAGCUUCUUCCCACUAGAGUCAUCGCCAAGGCAUCAGAGAAGAGCCGUCAAUAUAUCAGAGCCGUUCGCCGUAUCAGUCCCACUGCGUGUGUCAGCCGUUAUCAGCUCCAACAGCACGCCGUGCAGAGGGCUUGCCAAGGACAAGAUGGCUGCAGCAAGCCUGAAACCCUGCAGAGAAACCUCAGAGCAGAGCAGCAGUGGAAAAACUAACACGUUUCCUCAACUGGAGCCUGACAAGAGAGAAGGAACAAAGAAGAAAGACUCAUUGGAGCUGACCCAAAAGGUCCCAUCAAAGGAAACUAGCAAUGAUGUCUACCGGGAACCUCAGGAAGUGAGUAAGACUCCAUUGGAAGAGUCUUCCAUUGUAAGUAAAGGCACAGAUACAACGCCAUCUUGUGGACAGCAACUGGACAAUCGGCUCAUCAUUGCUCAACAGGAUAAGGAAUUAUCCAUAACAAAUGAGCUUUGGUCUGAUCUUCACCUAGAACGGACCACAAACAAACCUGAAACUGACCAGCUGGAUAAGACUGUUUUACCUUACGAAAACAAAAGGUUAACCAUGGAUGUCAAGUCAAAAAGAAGCCGCAGCUCUCCAUCUUUGUCUUUAUUAUGCAAGGACCAGUCUUCAAAUACCUCUCUCAAUGAUCGUCUUAAUGCUCCUGGGUCUGGAUCUACAAAAAAGCAGCCUUCGGAGUCAGAUAUCCUAUUUUCUCUCCAUAAAAAUGAUGUUUGGGUCGAUGGAAACAGAAAAAGUGUCAGCCUUACUCUGGAUGAAAAAGACAAGAAGGUUCAGAAGAUCCUGCUACAAAUUCCUCCUUUGGAUAAAGAUGCAGCUCACACCGAGCAGAAACUUCUUUUAAAGGAAACAUGCUUAAGUGAUGUAACACAAACAGCUGAGUGUGAUGACUCAGCGACAAUUGAUGACCAAAGACAAUCAAGUCGUGAAGGAGACAAAAAAGUCUUAUGUGAUGUGGAGAAGAUAACUGAUGCUAUUUCAAGGAUUUCUGUAUGUUUGGAGGAAAGACCCAACUCUCUGGAGCUGCCCAUCCAUGAUGAGGAUGAAGGAUGUGCAGGAAACUCUGAAGAGUUGGACCUGGUGGAGCCUUGGGAUGACCUCAGCUCCACCAAACAGUGGGUCACUAGCCCACUGCACUCACCGGAUUUGGAGGAACUGUUCAAACAACAGUCACUGUUUAGCUCUGGAGAAGGUACUCUGAAUUCAGAUGAGGAACGAACCUCGUUUUCUUCAUGCAAACAAUCCAACAAAACAUCCCUGGCAAAGAGCUUGCCUGUAAACGUUCCUCGAGCAUCCAGCACCAAACAUGAAAAUAAAUGGCCCUGUUUGCUUAAUUCUUCACAACCCAGCAUCAAUGGCAGCAAUGGGACACCAGCUCCAGCAGGCAGAAGCAGCACAACAAAACAGAAAUCAUCUCAGCGGUUCCACAGACAGAUGUCUUAUGAAGCAGCGGCUCCAGAAAAAAGAGAAGAACACUUUUCUAAACACAGACCAUACUCCCUGAACUUGGAUCUGGGACCUCGGUGCAUUAGGGAUAUUUCUAAUCAGCAAAGCAGACCUUCAUACGAGAUUUCCUCCUAUCAGAGGAGUUUGUCUGUAAACAAUGGGCUCCUCUCAGAGUUGGAUUUGUUCCUGAAUGAUGGUCAGGCACCUUUGCGGCGGAAUUCAGCCCCUGUCAGCGUGUCAUCAGUCCGGACGGCAUUCAUGAUAAAGACAUGCCAAGCCAAAGCCGUGCCUGUCAUACCUCCAAAGGUGCAGUACACUCAGAUACCUCACUCUAGGAGAGAUGGUGACUUUGACACAGCAAAGGAACAAGACAAGGAGCAUACUAAAACAAGUGCAGAGAAAAGUCAAGUAGGACCUCCCCCUAUCAUGACUGACCUGAAGGAGGAGUUAGAGAAUAAAGAACCCGUGCCUGAACACCAAACCCAAGCAAAUACUGAGAAAGCUGCUGAGACCACAAGAACUUCAAGCACCCCAGAGCUGCCGGUCAUCAAAAGGCGACACACUCCCAGUCUUGAGGUUUUUGUUGAUUGUCCUAGACCCAACAGACCAAACCUUUUACAGAGGCCGUCUUUUAGGAACCGACAGAGACCACAAAGUCUUAUCCUGUUCAGUCCCCCUUUUCCCAUUAUGGAUUACCCUCCAUCAGGGGAUGACGGCAAGCUUCUGUCAUCCAUUAAGAGUCUGAAUGAGGCAUCAGCAGUGAAGGAGGUGUCAGGCGAGGGAAUUGCGCUCCAAAAUAAAAUGACUAUUCCAAAAAGCGGUCAGAGAUUAGAAACUUCAACCAGCUGCUUCUACCAGCCGCAGAGGAGAUCCAUGGUGGUUGACAGCAGGAACCACAGACAGAUAGAGUGAUCAUGCAGAAUGGCUGAAUGUAAAUAAACCUACUGACAUAUACAGUAUCUCACAAAAGUAAGAACAUGCCUCACAUUUCAAGGAAAAUUACACACUUUGGGAAUUUUGCCACAAUCCUUAUGUGAGACAUGAACGCACGUCUCUCUGUUUGUGCUUUUUAAAUAUUGAAAAACUGCUAGCAUAAGGCAGCUAAUCAUGCGAUAUAAUGGGAUUCACCUAUUUUGCCAAUACAGUGCAGUUUUCCUUUAAACAACAAUGUUAUUAUGAUCCAAUUAAACUUGGAUAUAACUUACAGUAGUCGGUGUACUCCUGGGAAAGUAGUACAAAUUUACUGUUGAUAUUGUCAAUAUGGGCUGCACGGUGUAGGAGUGGUUAGCGCGCAGACCUCACAGCUAGAAGACCAGGGUUCAAUUCCACCCUCUGUGUGGAGUUUGCGUGUUCUCCAUGUGCAUGCGUGCAUUUUCUCCGGGUACUCCGGUUUGCGCCCACAUUCCAUAAACAUGCUAGGUUAAUUGGUGACUCCAAAUUGUCCAUAGGUAUGAAUGUGAGUGUGAAUGGUUGUUUGUCUAUAUGUGCCCUGUGAUUGGAUGGCGACCAGUCCAGGGUGUCUCACCCGAAGACAGCUGGGAUAGGUUCCACCACCCCCGCAACCCCUGUGAGGAAAAGCGGUAGAAAAUGAAUGGAUGAAUAUUGUCAAUAUUGUUUAAAUAGCUAGCAACAACCUGGGGCCCAGUUUCCCCAAGCCAGGGGAUCAGGCUCUGCUUCAGAAUGUUACAGAACAUCUUAUAAUUCAUGUUACCCUCAGUGAACUGCAGCUACACAACAGACCAUGACACUACUACCACCAUGUUUGACUCUCAAAAAGACACAAUUAUAGCUGGAGUAUUUAGACAACAAUGGCUGUGUUGACUCAUUUUCAGUAACUAUACCGCUAUACAAGCUGUACACUGACUACUGUAAAGUAUUGUUUUAAGGAGAUAUGCCAUAGUAAAAAUGUAAAAAUUUAAAAAUGUUUGGGGUGUACUCCACUUUUGCAAGAUACUAUAUGAUAACAUGUUGUAAAUCAUACUAGAGUAUACUUUUUAUAGAAAGCUUUGAGGGAUAUUAAUUGAGUCCUUUAUAUAGCCAUGAAGUAUUUAAGAGAAAUGUAAAUGUAUGGAAUCUGAGGUUUUAAAAGUGACAUCUAAGAAUAAAAUGCAAAUUAUUUUACAUACAAUAUUUGAAUGAUCAGUGAGCUGUAAAAUUUACUUCAAUGCUCCGAUUUUGUACUUGAAAAUCAACAAAGAUUAGUCCAGUAAGUGUUGUAUAGACGUAUGCUACCUAUUUGUGGUCUACUGGAAAAUCCACGCAUCCAUUUUCUAUACCGCUUAAUCCUCACUGGGGUAGCGGGGGUAUGCUGGAGCCUAUACCAGCUGAGAGAGGCGGGGUACACUCUGGACUGGUCUACUGAAAAAUAAAAAAUAAUGUGUUUUUUUUUUUUUUAACUGAUUUCAUGCUUUGUUGCAUUUACAACCACAAAAGCCCAUUUUCACUAAGCAGUGCAGUUCGGUUCAAUACAUGAUUAUCCACUGUGCUUGUGAAGGGUACCCAAAUUAGGUGGUACCAUGUGACAUUUUGGCACCCUUUCACUAAGAUACACAGUGAUCGACAUAAAAACACUAUUUUGGGGCCACAACGGAAUUAGGUAGAAAACCAAUAUUUGAUUUUAUUUUGUCGAAUCCCUUUUUGUCUACCCUGUGUUUCAACUGCUAUGAUGUCGCACUAUUCACGAUGGAGCAGGACUAGAUGGACCAAACCGUACCGUGACAAAAUGGGCUGAACUGUAUUCCUCUAGUGGAAACACAAAUUGGAAGAUGUUGUGCUGUAACAUUAUGAAAAUGAGCUAUGAAAAGCCUGUCUUUUGGAUCACAGAACGUAUUUUAAAAGAGUGAUAAUGCCUCUGUUUAACUAUUAACCUGCACUGGUUAUAUAGCUAUGAUCAUAUGGAUGGCAGGAAAUGUACUGCUGAAGAUGUGUUUACUGGUAACGUGAAGUAAACUUUAAACAUAUAAGGAAAUUAUGUGUAUUUAGCUAUUGUGAUUAAUGUGAUAUUUAAAAGGAAAACAAUACAUCGGAAGUUAAUGUUUAUAUAUUUGUUGUAUUUCUUUAAGUGACAAAGAUGCCAAAGUAGCCUUAUGCACAGGGACGAGUGCAGGUGAUGGAAUCUACAGUACAUUUUUAAAAACUAGCAUUGAUUCGGUUGUGCAUGUUGACUGUAUCGAUGUGUUUGGAUGUUGGUGAUGCUUCAGGAUGCAUGACAGCAUCUGAAAAAUUUAUUUUUGGAUCUAACUGUGUUUAUACUGUCAUCCAAAAGUCCUGGAUUAUACACAUUUGGAUUUAUUUUCAUUGUUUUGUAUUUUUUUUAUUAGUUGAUGCCUAAAACAUCACAAAAAUAAAAAGUUAUAAGAAUAAAAGGUGACAAAAA